AUGCUGCUGAGCUAUCUCGAUCAUGUAGGGAUCUUUAACGACACACAGAGAGGGUCUUCACUAAUUCAAAGUCGUCAGCCGAACAUUCUUUCCAUCAAGGCCGCCUUCGAAUCAGAGCAUUCUGUAUACAUUUUCACGGAACUGGCUACUGGUGGUGAUCUUUUCUCACUUCUAUCACGCGAGAGGACACUCCCCGAGUUAGAGAUACGUUGGAUUAUACGCCAGAUCCUCAAUGCUGUUGACUACAUCCACAAGAAAGGGGUUGCGCAUCGAGACAUCAAGCCAGAGAAUAUUCUCUGUGCCAUAGCGCCCAAUGUCUCUUACAGGCUGGUCCUCUCCGAUUUUGGGGACUCCGCUGUCACCAACUAUGGAAGAUUAAAAUCCGAGGUUGGAACAACCUUCUAUCGCGCCCCCGAAUGUUAUAACUCCGAGCGAGGUCACUCACUGUCUGCCGACAUCUGGUCCAUUGGGAUGCUUUGCCUUCAGCUUUUCUCUGGAUUCCAGGAACUUCCGAACUUUCGUCAUCUCGACUUCGCCAGCCAAGGCAGAAUUGACCGUUAUCUCAACAUCAUUUUUGGUGACCACAGCUGUGACGUUACUAUUCAAGAUGGCGCCCCAACCUAUGACGACGACGAAGACGACCCCAUUGACCCUCAAACAUCCCGCCUCCGUCCAGAUGAAGACAUCUCGAGCGAUGCAAAGGAGUUCAUUCGCGGAUGUCUCACCUACAACAGCAGGCACCGGCUCACAGCGCGCCAAGCUCUUAUACAUCGCUGGAUGUGCGAGUCUGAGGAAGAUGACUCUCUCUUCAGACGUCUUGAGCAUGACAACGCCGCUUCAUGGGAGCCCAAGAAGAUCCGGCUAGGUCCUUUCAUCGAGAAGCUCGGUACGGCAACAGAUGCGCACGAUUGCGAUGGAGAACAAGAGCCAGAUAUCGCCCCAUUUACCAAGAAACCCGACCCCAUUGCCGCCCACCUCCUAUCUAUCAUCAUCAUCAUCAUCCCACCAACGAGGAGACGGGGCCAUAGGUCACCCAUUAAGCAGCAACGGCCCGUCUUCUCCUCCGCUGACAAUCAGAGCCCGGAAGCGCCAGCCAGGUCUGUGGGCAGACUCUGA